AGGAACUUUGUGGUGGCGCCGCAGGUGUGGGGGCCCGCGGAGGUGUGCAUGUGGGUCGCGAGGGCGUCGCGGAGAGCGGCCGCUUCCCUGUCUGGACCCUGCUGGAGUAGCUCGGAGGAAGCGAGCUGGAGACAGGUGUGUGCCUCUUCCUGAUUCUGGAGGAAAAUGCCGGUCCGGAAGCAAGAUACCCAGAGAGCAUUACACCUUUUGGAAGAUUAUCGUUCAAAACUAAGCCAAACUGAAGACAGACAGCUCAGAAGUUCCAUAGAACGGGUUAUUAACAUAUUUCAGAGCAACCUUUUUCAGGCUUUAAUAGAUAUUCAAGAAUUUUAUGAAGUGACCUUACUGGAUAAUCCAAAAUGUAUAAAUCGUUCAAAGCAGUCUGAACCGAUACAGCCUGUGAAUACUUGGGAAAUUUCCAGCCUUCCAAGCUCUACUGUGACUUCAGAAACACUACCAAGCAGCCUUAGCACUAAUGUAGAGAAAUACCGAUAUCAGGAUGAAGAUACACCUCCUCAAGACCACAUUUCACCACAAAUCACUAAUGAGGUGAUAGGUCCAGAAUUAGUUCAUGUCUCAGAGAAGAACCUUUCAGAAAUUGAGAAUGUCCAUGGAUUUGUUUCCCACUCUCAUAUUUCACCAAUAAAGCCAACAGAAGCUGUACCUCCCUCUUCUCCCACUGUCCCUGUGAUCCCUGUCCUGCCAGUCCCUGCUGAGAAUACUGUCAUCCUACCCACCAUACCACAGGCAAAUCCUCCUCCAGUACUCGUCAAUACAGAUAGCUUGGAAACAUCAACUUAUGUUAAUGGCACUGAUGCAGAUUAUGAAUAUGAAGAAAUCACACUUGAAAGGGGAAAUUCAGGGCUUGGUUUCAGCAUUGCAGGAGGUACAGACAACCCACACAUUGGAGAUGACUCAAGUAUUUUCAUUACCAAAAUUAUUGCAGGGGGAGCAGCUGCCCAAGAUGGAAGAUUGCGGGUCAAUGACUGUAUACUGCGAGUAAAUGAGGUAGAUGUUCGUGAUGUAACACAUAGCAAAGCAGUUGAAGCAUUGAAAGAAGCGGGGUCUAUUGUACGCUUGUAUGUAAAAAGACGGAAACCAGUAUCAGAAAAAAUAAUGGAAAUAAAACUCAUUAAAGGUCCUAAAGGUCUUGGGUUCAGCAUUGCUGGCGGUGUUGGAAAUCAGCAUAUUCCUGGGGAUAAUAGCAUCUAUGUAACCAAAAUAAUUGAAGGAGGUGCAGCACAUAAAGAUGGUAAACUUCAGAUUGGAGAUAAACUUUUAGCAGUGAACAGUGUAUGUUUGGAAGAAGUUACUCAUGAAGAAGCAGUAACUGCCUUAAAGAACACAUCCGAUUUUGUUUAUUUGAAAGUGGCAAAACCCACAAGUAUGUAUAUGAAUGAUGGCUAUGCACCACCUGAUAUCACCACCUCUUCUUCUCAGCCUGUUGAUAACCAUGUUAGCCCACCUUCCUACUUGGGCCAGCCACCAGCAUCACCAAACAGAUACUCUCCUGUUUCGAAAGCAGUGCUUGGAGAUGAUGAAAUUACAAGGGAACCUAGAAAAGUUAUUCUUCAUCGUGGCUCGACAGGACUUGGUUUCAACAUUGUAGGAGGUGAAGAUGGAGAAGGAAUAUUUAUUUCCUUUAUUUUGGCUGGAGGACCUGCUGAUCUUAGUGGAGAACUCAGAAAAGGAGAUCGUAUUAUAUCGGUAAACAGUGUUGACCUCAGAACUGCCAGCCAUGAGCAGGCAGCAGCUGCUUUAAAAAAUGCUGGCCAGGCUGUCACAAUUGUUGCACAAUACCGACCUGAAGAAUACAGUCGUUUCGAAGCCAAAAUACAUGACUUACGGGAGCAGAUGAUGAAUAGUAGCAUUAGUUCAGGAUCAGGUUCUCUUCGAACUAGCCAAAAGCGAUCCCUCUAUGUCAGAGCCCUGUUUGAUUAUGACAAGACUAAAGACAGUGGCCUUCCUAGUCAGGGAUUGAACUUCAAAUUUGGAGAUAUCCUCCAUGUUAUUAAUGCUUCUGAUGAUGAAUGGUGGCAAGCCAGACAGGUUACACCAGAUGGUGAGAGUGAUGAAGUUGGGGUGAUUCCUAGUAAACGAAGGGUUGAGAAGAAAGAACGAGCCCGAUUAAAAACAGUGAAAUUCAAUUCUAAAGCAAGAGGAGAGAAAGGGCAGUCAUUCAAUGACAAGCGUAAAAAGAACCUCUUUUCCCGAAAAUUCCCCUUCUACAAGAACAAGGACCAGAGUGAGCAGGAAACAAGUGAUGCUGACCAACAUGUAACUUCUAAUGCCAGUGAUAGCGAAAGUAGUUACCGUGGUCAAGAAGAAUAUGUCUUAUCUUAUGAACCAGUGAAUCAGCAAGAAGUUAAUUAUACUCGACCAGUGAUCAUAUUGGGACCUAUGAAAGACAGGAUAAAUGAUGACUUGAUCUCAGAGUUUCCUGACAAAUUUGGAUCAUGUGUUCCUCAUACAACCAGACCAAAACGAGAUUAUGAGGUAGAUGGAAGAGAUUAUCAUUUUGUGACUUCAAGAGAGCAAAUGGAAAAAGAUAUCCAAGAACAUAAAUUUAUUGAAGCUGGCCAGUAUAACAACCAUCUCUAUGGAACAAGUGUACAGUCUGUGCGAGAAGUAGCAGAAAAGGGCAAACAUUGUAUCCUUGAUGUGUCUGGAAAUGCCAUAAAGAGAUUACAGAUUGCACAACUUUACCCAAUCUCCAUUUUUAUUAAACCCAAAUCCAUGGAAAAUAUCAUGGAAAUGAAUAAGCGUCUGACAGAAGAACAAGCCAGAAAGACAUUUGAGAGAGCCAUGAAACUGGAACAAGAAUUUACUGAACAUUUCACAGCUAUUGUACAGGGAGAUACGCUGGAAGACAUUUACAACCAAGUGAAGCAGAUCAUAGAAGAACAGUCUGGUCCUUACAUUUGGGUUCCAGCAAAAGAAAAGUUAUGAGGACUGAUGUUUCUCUAUUUCUCUUUUCCACAGUCUCAUUUUCUUUGACACUUCUUUGCCCUUUCCGUCUGGAAUCUGUCUUCAAUACUUCCUCCAUAUUGAAUCAUGUCCCACUCACCAUCAUCUGCAGUUGCACUUAUUUUAGACGUCUUAGUGUCUCCUUCAAGUUGUAGCAUCUGUAUUAUGUCACAAUUGGUUUGUGGCCAUUUUUCACGAAUGAAGAUGGAAUGGCCUGACCAGCUAUUAAUAGGAUUUGGGGAGAGGGGGAAAUUGUGGUACAAUUCCUUAAUGUUUAAGGGAAAGUAACUUUAAGAGAUUUUCAGAAAAGCUUUAUAUACAUUCUUUUCAAAUUGUAGUAUAAAUUAAAGAAAAGUGGUUUUGAUCAGUGAUUCAGUAAUCUCUGAGCAUCAAUGCAUGCUUAACUUUAAUAGCAUGGUUUGGCCAAUACAUUAGCUCUCAAGUCCUUUUCUCAAUUGACUUCAGUUAUCAAAGCAAAUAUUUCAUUAGAGGCAAAUAAGGUAAAUACAUGUUUUUUAAUUUCAAAAUUAAUUAAAUGGGUUAACUUUUAUAAUUUCCCAAGGAAUAUUCAUUUUUCAUAAGAAUUCUUCUUAAAGUCUUUUAUUGUUUGAAGUUGUGGUUUUUUUUCCCCAAUAGAUUUGCUAGGAAUAAGUGUUUAAAUGUUUUUAACCUAUUUGUGCAACGCUAUUUAUAGUGUCUUACAAGAGUUGUUCAUACAUAAUGAUCAUCACACUUUCUGAACUGAGGCCGUGUUUAGGUGCUAGGGGAGCUCACCUUUUACACAUAAGGUUGAGAAAAUAUCAGACAUAAAUACAAAAUAGACAUAAUAGUGGUGAUAUAGUAAUCAUUAUGGCAGUGGGAAAGGAGUCCAAUUCAUGGUCUAAAACUUUAAAUGUCUUCUUAGGGGUCAGAUUUUAAUGACUAUUUUACCCACAAUAACUGACUAUUUUGUUAUAAUAAAAAUAUAUAUAUAAAUAUAUAUAAAACUUUCUUUAACUAAACUCUGUAACUAUGGGAAUUAUUUUCUUUACAUAGUUGCACACACAUAAACAUAUAUAUAUUUAAAAUAUAUUUUUUUCUUUUGCCACCUACUCUUUUUGUUUGUUUUUUAAAUUAAAUAUUAAUUGACUAGACUUUAUCUUCCUUAAUCACAUGAAGUGAAAAUGGGGGUACAGUGGUUGUGGAAAGAAACCUUUAGGAAAAUUACGUUAUGAGUAAAAACAUGGGCGUGUUCUCCUCUCUUCUACUAAAGUUUUCAAAUGGUUCCUAGUUGGUUUUUUGUGGGGGGUUUUGGGGGGAGGGUGGGAUUUUUUUGGUUGUUACCCUUGUUCUUGACAUUGGUUUGGAUUUGGUCUCCACCUCUCCUUCAGCUUCUCCUUUCAUUAAUAGGCAAACAGGUAAAAGCUUCAUGUGUAUAAGUGUUUUCCCCUCAGUAUGCACACCUCUCAUCUCUCAUAGCUGCUCUGCAGUAUAGUUGCAUAAAUCUUCAUGGUGAGCAACUAAGAAAUUUUAGUGAAAAGUAGGUAACAAUUUCAGAAAUCAAUUUCUCUGGUCUUUUAUAUUAAUAAUAUUGUUUGGCUUCCCAUUGCUUUUUUGGAGUUGCUUAUUAAAUAUGUGUUUUUGACAACCUCCUCAUUACAGUUUCUUGAACAAAUGAGUACUGGUUUGUAAAGAAUUAUGAACAUUAUCCAUUCCAUUUAUGAGAAAGAGGAGAACAGCUAAUAAACUUUAUUGUAAAAUCUGUAUGUUAAAUGUGUCUUAUAUUCUGAAAGAAAAUUAUUUUACAAGUUAACAUUUUCUUGGAAUAAUUUGAGGCAUCACAUAAUUUGUAAACUGAAUUCAAGAGUCAUUAGGCAACCUAAUGAAACUUCUGUGGGUUUUAGAGUUAAAAAUGUUAACAUAUUGAAAUAUAAACCAUAGCUGUUAUAUGCUAAAUAUAGUAAGUUCUUACCAAACAAACAUAUUAAAAGAAAAUUAUUGUAAAAUUAUAACAAGAACCCCAGAAAUCACCUUACAGCAAGACCUCAGCAUAAGCCAUUUUGAAGUAUUUACAAGGCAGAUGUUGUAAAAUAUCAAGCAUUUAAAAUAUGAUGCCAUUUAUGUCUUUAAAUGUAUGUUACAUUGCUUUCUGAAUGUCCUUGUUAAGUGAUUUUUUUGUAAGAACAUACUUCUGUGCACCUUUCUAGAUUGUAUAGAAUUAUUAAUAAAAGUACUAAUUGCUUAGCCACCUUAGUAUAUUACCACCUUAGUAUAUUACCAUUUAAUUUUUCACAAAAAGGUAAGAGUUACUAACCCCACUAUAAGGCUUAAGCAGAAUCACUUGGCCAAGAUUACUUAGCUAGUAAAUGGCAGUGCUGGGUAUUGUUAUCAAAGUCUUUCUGCCCCAGGUUCUUCCAAAUAUACUGUGCUGCCUCAUUUUUCUGCCCCGACUAUGUAAGGUACUAAGACUUAAAUUUUGUUUGUUAGUGCUCCUUUACAGCUAAAGAUAGACUUAGAUGAAGGUCCUUGCCCAGAGUUACAUGGUAAGGACAGACCAAGUCAUUACCAUCACAGCUGGAAGGACUAUUUCUGGGGAACAAGUCAGCCAGCACCAUCCCAAUGAUGUACAAGGAAAGAACCUCUUUAGAACCAAAAAUGAAACACUCUUCAUUGGAAUAGUCCACUUUUCUAAUACACAGGGAAUAAUGAUAUUUUGAAUGUUUUAUGAAAUAUUCCAUAUUUUAACAUCCUUUUUAAUAUUAACUUGGCAACAGUAAAAAUGCCUCUUAAAUGUGACUACACAUCUCUGAUUGCUUUCUUAUUCCACAUCUGUGCAGAGCUCUCCAAAAAAUGAUGGGAGCAAUCUUGAAGGGCUUACUUAUUCCAACAGAAUACACCCUGGUUAACAAAUACCUGCUAAAUCACUACAUAGUAUUUAAACUCCACAUGUGGCAAUUUGGGGACUCUACUAAUGAGGAAAUUUUAUCUUCUAAAUUAUUUAAACAGUUACCAUCUAAGAUUCUGCCUUAAAUACUCCUAAUUUACAAGUGAGGAACCAGAAGCCCAGAGAUCCUGUGUCCUGAUCAAAGCCACACUGCAAAUCAGGAACAGAGCCAGGAUUAGAGCCUUUCACUCCCUGUUCCCUGAACAGUGACUUUUCUAUUCCAGUUCCUUUUCCUCCCAUGCUGUGAGCUGAAUUUAGUGGGCUAUUCAAUCCCUUGAGAUUUGAAUUACUAAUUAAGAGAAAGUAUGUAGCGGUGAAUUUCUUCUAUUGAGGUGGUCAAAUUUGAAAGAUAACAGAGGACACAAAAGUCACUUCUGAAGGAGGUUUAGGUUGUCAGUUUUAGUCCAGUGUUGAUAAUUCCAUUCAUCUCCCUCCAGAAUUGCUCAACAUAGCACUCUUUGGCUUUGACAGUGAAGUACUGAAAUGUGAAGGCUGUGGGCUAUCGAAUCAGAGCUUGACUUGAAUGCCAGCUCUGCCAUUGGCUGUGUAAUGUUAGUUGGACAAGUCAUAUCAUCCCAGUUUCUGUUUACCUAUCUGUAAAAUGGAGAUAUUUUGAAAAUCAAUAAGAUUACAAAUAAAGGGAGCAUUCUAAAAGUCAGUUCCCUUUCCCUUUGGAGUAAGAAGCCUGGAAUUAUUCCAAGCCCCCUUGUAUAGAUUAUCCUGAGCCUUUUGCCAUAUUUUAAAUCAGAUUUGAUUGAGUACCUUACAGGAUUAUUAAUAAGGGUUAAAUAAAGUGUGCACAGAACACCCA